AAGAAGCCGCCCCUCACGCACUUCCUGUGCGUGCCGCUCGUGACCGAGGCCUCGAUCCCGCAGCUCACGGCGUCGCUGGCAAGAUUUAGGGAGGAUGUCGUUGAGGGGGGAGCCGGGGGAGCGCGAAAUGCUGGAGCGGAAGGAGCAGCAGCAGCAGGGGGAAAUGAGAGAGGAGAAGGAGAAGCAGAAGCCACGGUGACGAUGCCAGAGCAAGCGCUCCGCCCCCUCGGCACGCUACACCUAACCCUCGGCGUCAUGAGCCUGGGUACACCAGAACGGCUACAAGAAGCCGUCACGCUGCUGCAGGAGCUAGACCUGCCCUCUCUCCUCACAACCACAGCACCCGCUCCCUCCUCAUCCUCCUCAUCACCACCACCACCACCACCACCAGAUGCAGCAACAGACGCAGCAACAAGCACCCUACCUCCCCAACCCCAACCUCCCACCCUCUCCCUCACCUCCCUGCACUCCAUGCACCCACCCCGCAAAACCUCCGUUCUCUACGCCGUGCCUGACGACGCGUCCGCCCGGCUCCGCCCGCUGUGCGAAGCCGUGCGCGCGCUGUUCGUGCAGCGCGGGUUCCUGCUCGACGAGGGCCGCCCGCUCAAACUGCAUGCCACGCUCGUGAACACGCUGUAUGCGCGGGGCGGGCGGGGCGGGAAAAGCCAUGCAGAAGCAGAAGAAGAUGCGGAUGCGCCCGCCGACGCGCCUACCGCUCCUUCCCCCGUCACGACAACCCCUGCAACCCGCGCCCCGGACCCCUCGCCCCGCGCCCGGCGCAAGCAAAAUAAAGGCCCCCUCCGUCUAGACGCCACGGCCUUGCUGCCGCGCUACGCAGACACGGUGUGGGCGGCUGAGGUGCCGGUGCCGGGGUUCGCGGUGUGCGAGAUGGGGGCGAAGAAGGUUGAGGACGCGCGA